UUUGUUUUUACAAUUUAUCCCGCUAGGAGUUUUUGCUGCAAUUUUUCAUAUUUAGUUGGCCACGACGUGUCUUAUGCAAUCCAAUUUUAUGAUGCGCAGAAAAUGAACGCAGUUUUUGAAAACGAGUUACUAAAGAAGUGGUUAACAGACAUGCAAAGCGAGGCAAAUGCGUACCAGGAGCCUAUGCUGGAAGAAUAUACCGUCAGUAUGAUAAAAAUUGCUUGCAACACGUUUCGUCAAGAUUUCCAUGUUUUUUGUAUAUCGGCAGACAUUCUCGAGAAAUAUAUUCAUGUGAAAAACGUAAGAGGCGAAAAAAUUAAGGAUCCCCUACUUCUUGUCUGCGCAGCAAUAUUCGUCACGAGUAAAUAUUCCGGUGGAGGAGCAGAUCUUAAAUUACCAAUUAUCGGCCAUUUUCUCAAAAAACUAACCGGUAAAGAAUACGAUUUACACUUGAUCAUGUUAAUGGAGCAAGAUGUCUUGCAUGUAUUGAACCAUAUGCUGCCUGUUACCACACAACUCGACGAUUUCAACGUUUUUCUAGAAAACUGCAAGAAACAAUAUCGCUUGAAAUUAACCAUAAGACCUCUGUGUUUGGAAAUAAUGCAACUGAUGUAUUUGGAAAAAAAAAUCUGGUUUAAUAAAUUGAAACAAAUGUACAAGAAUGAGUUGAAGAUAUUCCACGAUUUAAUGUGUUCAAAAUUCUUUUUGCCAGAAGGGAUUUUAAUUGCUGCUUUUCAACUAACCCAUUACCAAUACAUCUUAGAUAUAAACGGUAUGUUGCAAGACCUGAUGAAAGUUACAAACAUCCAUCCUGAUCAUGUGCUCGCCCUUAGUGCAGUAAUUUUACACCUUAUAAGGGAUUGAUUGUUAUUUGUUUGUUUAUAAAAAGUAAUGUACACAUAUUACUAAAAUGCUGUAUUUUUUCACUAGUACAAUAAC